AUGGAGAGGGGCGGGAGGUCGGAGAGGGGUCGCACAGCCGGUGAUUCCGCAGAUGAAGCUGUUGGGGGGGCGGGUGCCGCUCGGUGCCAGUGCCCUGGGGCUUCUCAUUGUCUGUUGGUUUUACAUCUUCCCCGGGGGGGAGCGACUCCCGGGACACAAAGAAAUGAUCCGGCAGGUUCUACAGUUCGGCCCGAGAUGGGGGAGAAACCGGAGCAGCGGCGACUCCUUCAGGAUACGCCCAUCAAGCUUCCAUUGAAGAGAUGCUCUGUGGUGGGAAACGGUGGGAUUCUGAAGAACAGCCGCUGCGGGGAGCAAAUCGAUGAAGCGGAUUUUGUCAUGCGAUGCAACUUGCCCCCACUCUCCCGGGAAUACACUGAUGAUGUGGGAACCAAAACCCAACUUGUCACAGUCAACCCCUCAAUCAUCGAUAAAAGGUUCCAGAACUUGUUGUGGUCCAGGAAGUCAUUUGUGGAGAGUGUGAGUGUGUACAAGCAGAGCUACGUGUAUAUGCCGGCUUUCUCCACCAAGAGAGGGACGGACCCUUCACUUCGGGUCUAUUACACAUUGGAAGAUUUUGGUACCAAUCAGACGGUUCUAUUUGCCAAUCCCAACUUCCUGCGCAAUGUGGGCAAGUUCUGGAAGAGUAAAGGGGUUCACUCUAAACGACUCUCCACAGGGCUUUUCAUGGUCAGCGCUGCCCUGUCUCUGUGCGAGGAGGUUACAAUCUAUGGAUUUUGGCCGUUUCAGAUGGACCUAGGUGGGAGGCACAUCAGCCAUCACUAUUAUGAUAACAUGUUGCCUUUAUCGGGGGUCCACGCUAUGCCUGAGGAGUUCCUCCAGCUCUGGCAUCUCCAUAAAAGUGGGGUGCUACAGAUGCAGCUGGAUCAGUGCAAGAAGGAUGUCUCUUCCAAAAAGCCUCACUAAAAGGGAAUGUGGGGGAACAGGGCUUCGGGGACAGAAAUUGGGAACUUUUGGAGAUUAAGAACAUUGAGAAACUCAGCAUUUUUAAUCAUGGGCGUGGCCUGUGAUGUAUGAGACCCCAGGGGCGCAUAAGUGCCAAAAAAACAAUACUGGGACCUGCGGACUCUUUCCUUUCCUGCAGGGAGUCAGCAGGGAGUUGUACAGUAACGAACACUUUUGUAAUUAUUUCUGAUGAGAAUGUUGGAAAACUGAAUGUAGUAACUUCUUAUUCUUUAUAUCACACUGAACGCACCAGGGUGGGCUUUAGUGUCAUCAGGAAUAGAUUGGGGUCUCUGCCUCCCUGAAAUACUGACCCCCCCACUUCCCUUAUAUUUCGUUUAUUCAUUUAUAUUUUAUAACAAUUUCAUGGGCAGCUACAAAAUCCAGAAUUCACUUUCACUUUGGUUUGGCGUCUGGUCGCUCAACCCCUCAGGGGGCGGCUCCUGCUUUGCCGGGGGGGAGGAGGAAAGGGCAAGUGAAUACUGUGAAGAGCAUUUUUACACGGUUAUUCUGCAUGAAUGGGAUCUUUUUAUAAGAACCAAUAAUAAUAAUAAUAAUUCUGAGCCAAUUACUUGAAUGAUGGGAUGAGGGGGAGGAGCACCGUGCAUGUUCCUCAUUCAUUUUGCACAGUCUUUUUGUACCUUCAGCACUUUCCUGUUUUUGCUCUUUGCAGAAAAUAAGCCCCAGUAGUGAUGGGAGUUAGUUUCACUAUAAACCUAGCCCUAACCCUAAUCCUAACCCUAAUGCACUUACCAUAACCCCUAACCCUUAUACACCAACCCUAACCCUUAUAUACCAACCCUAACAUUUAACCCUUAUACACCAACCCUAACCCCUAUCCCUUAUACACCAACCCUAACCCUUAUACACCAACCCUAACCCUGGGAUCUGAUGAGAUUUCACUAACCUUUUGCCUCCUUUCGCCUUUAUUUUUAUGGCUGCCUGUCUGCUUAUGUCACCCCCAUGUUCUCCAUGUUUCUGCCUCCAUGUGCACUGUGCCCUCCCCCUAUUAUUCCAAAGGCACGCCUCUUCUUAAAAGGAAUAAAAACCCAAAUAACAAGUGAAUGUUUAUUAGAAUUACGUUUUCCUUCUGCAAGCAGAAUUUUAUUUUGGGGUUUAUUUCCCCUUUAAUUAGCAUAGCAGAAUAUUGCAGUUUGGAUUUUGAAAAUUCUGUAAAAUUUAAAACACCUGAAUUGUUGUGACUUCUGGAUGUCACUGCCGCUAAUGGAGGCUCUUUAACCCCUUCCCUGCUGGAAAGGUCAGUGCUAAAGGCUGAGCCAGUACCUAUAGUUUUCGCAGGGCAGAGGCCUUAGUACUUAUGCAGGACAGCAAACCAUCAAACAGAGGGUUAAGAUGCCCAAUAAAUAGGUCCCUUACUGUGGGCAUUUAUAUCUUUACUCUCCAGGUCUUUAAUGCAUUCGGCCUAUUGAGUCCAGCCUAUCUAUAGACAUUAUAUUCCAGGGGGUUCAGUUGAAGGCAAGCUUGCAGAUAUUAACUUUAUGUGCCCAUGAAUAAACGCCAUUGGCAUUUUCUGCUGUUACAAACACUAUCUCUGAUUGGUUCCCUUAUGCCCCGCCCACUUCAUGCAUGCUUAAAGGGCACAUUGCUUGCACAAGGCUGCUGCAUGCCAGGAGUAGAUACGGUAGCACGACUGCUUGAUGAUAACUUUAAAUAUAUAUUUAAAAAAAUCCCUUUGCCCAUCUGACAUUGUGUUUACAUUUCCCCGCCCACGAGGAGCCGGCAGUUAUAUUUCUAUCCAUUAUUUCUGUACCCCUCACCAGCAUUAUCCCCUGAACCUCUCUAUCAGUAUCACCCCUAUUCUCACCAGUCACCGCCUUUUUACCAGCACCACCGGACAUUAGAUUGUGAGCUCUGCAGGGCAAGGGUGCAUGGUGCUUGAAACCAGCUGUACAAUGUAACAGAUCAAAGAUUUAGAUUCUCAUUAAAAGAUUUCCUUAAGUGA